AUGCCGCCUUCGCCUCGAAAAGGCACAGUGCCCAAGCCACGACAGACCUACGGUCGCCAAAGGAGUAUCGUCGGCCAACGGGACAGGGACACCAGUCCACCCUCGCCAUCAGAGGCCAACACAACAGCUGCUUCGCUCCCAAGGGGUUCUUCUUCUGUCUCUUCGCCUAUUUUAAAGAGAGGAGGGUCAGACCUUGAUUCGCCGCCAGUCCUGAAGAGAGCUGGAUCGACUAUUGCCCCACGCGCACCAUUGGAUCUCCAAGCGGCGUUGAGGGCUUCUCAUGAAUUGAGAGAGGCAGGCCAGAACCAUCAGUUCAGAGACGAAAUCGAGUAUAUUCUGGAUGGGAUCCGCACAAAGGACAGACCCAAGAUCCGGAGAACAAGCUGUCUAGAUCUUGUACGGUCAAUGCUCAAGCUGGAGUUUGCGGACUUGUUCAGGUUCCACAACUACAUGUCCACCGUCUUUGAAACGAUACGGACAGAUCGUGAUCCAUACAACGACCUCAAGGACAUUGUCAAGCAGUCAGGAAUUAUCACCAAGGGACAGAAGGUCUUGGCGAAGUCCAUUGUCCUUUCAACCAUGACUGGCAUCAUUGAGGAAUCUGUUGCUCUUCAGGAUGCCGAGACACUGUCGCUCAUUGAGCAACGCCCAAACUUCAUCAACACCGUCAUCGACAUCUUGGUCGAUGACCUAGCAUGGAUAAAGCAACCAUCCGCAACGCCUGGAGUAUUUCUGCCAGACGUGCUGGAUAUUGGCCGGAUACAAAACUGUCUGUGCAUUCUGGAGCGACUAUCACUUGUUUCCAAGACACCUGCGACUGUCCUUGCAGACAACGCCAGGGUGUUUCCUCUUUUCGUCCAAUUGAUCACACUGUGUCGUGCGCACGCCUUUCAAUACCCGCAGCAUACAGAUUCUAUGAACUUGAUGCUGCACGCGCUUCGGUUGUUGAUCAAUGUGACGAAUGGAUUUGAACCCUGCUGCGAAAACCUAGCCCAGAGCGGAUCGAUCUCUGUGCUGACCCAAAACAUCAUUCAGUUCUAUGGCCAUUGCCGGAACUACACCCCCGGAGAAACUGAGAUGGCGACGACAAUGAGCGGAGGUCAGGAUCUUAUGGACGAUGUCGAACGGAUACACUGGACAAGAGCCGAGUCUCGAUCGGAUUCGGGGUUUUCUUUCGAGAUGAUGACACCAGGAGCGACACCCUCGCGCCGUGAACGUGACGAGUUUAGGAUGAGCAAUGAGACGGAUGAUUUGGAGGCUGCUUUGAAGGCUGAGGGGCUUUUGAGUAGCCGGCCGAGCGUGAUGGAGGUUAAGAUUGAGAAUGAUGCCAAUGGGUGGUAUGACAUUCUGCUCCUCUCGAUCGGAUUGCUGAUUAAUAUGCUCGAAACUAACGUGCGGCGGAGACACCAAUUAACCGACCAAGCCAUUGGACUGGACUGCAAUGCGAUUGGAGAUUGCUUUAUCCGAGAAUGUCAGUGCGACAAGAGCACGGACGCUUUGGAACGAUUGGUCGAGAUUUACAAUACCGAAGCAACCAUAAGCGAAAUGACCGAGAACCAAGUGCUGGCGGCUUAUUUGGCCCUUUUACUUGGCUGUGCUGUUGGAGGAAACCCAGAGAACGAGACACGGCUGUACCAAUCGAUUCAUGAGCAGAGUUUGGUGCCUAUGGUUGAUUUGCUGCGAGACUUUAUGGCUGCCCAAACACAAAACGCAACCGACAAUCAGGACUUUGAUGAUAACGGCUAUGGCGACAACAGUGAUGAUACUACUAUGACGAGUCAGGGUGCAUUUCAAGGUCAUGGUGUGUCGAUGGGCCGGUCUGUUUCUAUGAUGUCUGUGACCCUUGAGAAUGAAAGUGCCCAAGCAACCGUAGACGGAGUGGAAGGAGUCGACCAAGCUGGAGGAGGAGGUAUCUCGUUCAAGUCUACGGGCGGCCUGGAAACACAACAGAGUUUUCUGCAGAUCAUUGACGUCUUACAGCGUAUUGAGCUGCGGCAUUCGGAAAUUCGUGAAUAA